AAUCCACCCACAAAACAAUUUGAUAAAAAAACAAUUUUGUGGAAGCCUAUUUAAGGACACUUUUAUGUAAAUCAUUUUCAUACAUUAUCAAAAUGUUAAGACCGUUAUUUUUGAUUUUCUGUAUCGUUAUUGUAACACAUGGACAAGUUCCAGAACACCAGCAGCGGUUACUAAAAGUACGGAAUAAUAUAAUUAGAGCAGCAAAUAGUGCGUACGUGGAUCUAAAGAAGGGCCUGAUAAAAUAUACAGAUAGUGCUGAAUGGGCAAAGAAAAACAUAGUUGAUAAAUGUGGAGAAGAUAUCCGUGACUUGCAAUUAGAACUAAAUAAAACUAUCGCCGUAUGUUCCAAAGAGCCUAAUGCAAAAAUAAACGAAUUACUGCAGAUUACCCUAGACAAAGCCAACAAAUGCGUAGACAAAGCUGUAAAUGAAUCUCAGAGUAUUUCGCAACGUCUGCGAAGCUACCUGCAAAAAAUCGCAAAAGAAUUAAAGUCUAUUGAGCCUAAAGUUAGAACGAGCAUCGAAAAGGAAAAUUAUAGUGAUGUCGAUAGUUUCUUAGAAGAUUUGGAGCGCAAAGAGAGUGAUGUACACACGAAGGCAAGAAUAACCAAAAAGUUUCUGAGCAAUAGAGUGAAAACGAUCAAGGAAUGCGCUUCAAAUCAUCAUAGUAUAUUUUCAGAUGACUUUCAGAUAAUAGAGAUGGAUUGGCGAAGUUGUAUUGCUGACAAGGUGAUUAAAAGAAAACGCACAUGAUUAUGAAGAAAAAAAGAUGUUAAUUGUAAUAAAUUUUAUUUAUGUUU